AUGAAGUACAUUGUGGUCUCUGGCGGUGUCAUUUCCGGUAUCGGAAAAGGCGUCAUUGCCUCGUCCACAGGUCUGCUGCUCAAGACGCUUGGCCUGCGCGUCACGUCGAUCAAGAUCGACCCAUACAUGAACAUUGACGCGGGCACCAUGGCCCCGACCGAGCACGGCGAGGUAUUUGUGCUUGACGACGGCGGCGAGGUCGAUCUGGACUUGGGAAACUACGAACGGUAUUUGGACGUGACGCUUGCGCGCGACAACAAUAUUACCACGGGAAAAAUAUACCGCGAAGUGAUCGAGAAGGAGCGCCGUGGCGACUACCUGGGCAAGACCGUGCAGAUUGUGCCGCACUUGACUAACGCGAUCCAGGACUGGAUUGAACGCGUCGCAUUGCAGCCCGUGGAUGACACGGGUGAGACACCAGAUGUGUGUAUUAUCGAGCUGGGUGGCACCGUCGGAGACAUUGAGUCGGCGCCGUUUGUCGAGGCGCUCCGUCAGUUCCAGUUUCGCGUCGGCCACGAGAAUUUUGCCUUGAUCCACGUGAGCCUUGUGCCUUUGAUCGGCGGCGAGCAAAAGACAAAGCCGACACAGGCUGCGAUCCGCGACCUGCGUGGCCUCGGUCUCGCGCCAGACAUGAUCGCGGCCAGGUGCGCUACGCCCUUGGAACACGCGGUGAUCCACAAACUAUCCAUGUUCUGCCACGUCGGGCCGGACCAAGUGCUUGGUGUGCACGAUGUGAACUCUACCUACCACGUUCCUCUGCUAUUGGAGCAGCAAGGGAUGAUGCGCUUUUUCAGGCGCCGUUUGCAACUGGACCUGGACAAGCUCGUUUCCCCUGCAUCCAAGAGCCGCGGCCUGCACUUGCGCGAGAGGUGGCGCGAUCUGACACUGUCACAGGAGCGCACGUUUGACACGGUCAACAUUGUACUCAUCGGCAAGUAUACUUCCUUGCAGGACUCGUACAUGUCCGUGGUCAAGGCGCUCGAACACGCGAGCUUGCGCUGCCGCCACAAACUCGUGCUCAAGUGGGUCGAAUCCAGCGAUUUGGAGUCGCGGACCGAGACCGAGGACCCCGUCAAGUACCACGAGGCUUGGCAGCACCUUUGCUCUGCCAAAGGCAUCAUUAUCCCGGGUGGAUUUGGCAAGCGCGGCACGGAAGGUAUGAUUCUUGCCGUGCGCUGGGCGCGCGAGAAAAACGUUCCUUUUCUGGGCAUCUGCCUUGGCUUGCAAGUUGCUGUGAUUGAGUAUGCGCGCAACGUUUGUGGCAUGCGUGAGGCCAACUCUGCCGAGCUGGACGAGCCGUGCCCCGAGCCAGUCGUUGUAUACAUGCCGGAGAUAAGCCGCACGCACCUCGGCGGUACGAUGCGCCUCGGCUUGCGCCCGACCAUCUUUAAUAGUGCAAGCACGUCCUGGAGCAAGAUUCGGAAGCUGUACGGCGACGCGCCUGUCAUUUGGGAGCGCCACCGCCACCGCUAUGAAGUCAACCCCGAGACCGCCCCGCUGAUUGAAAGCACGUCUGUGCCGGGCUCUUCUGAAACGCUACAGUUCAUCGGCAAGAACGAAAAGGGAGAGCGCAUGCAGGUCGCGGAGCUCAAAGGCCACCCGUACUUUGUUGCGAUGCAGGCACAUCCCGAGUUUACUUCGCGCCCGCUCAAUCCCUCGCCGCCGUUCCUGGGUCUUGUCGCUGCUGCUGCGGGAAUGCUCGACGAUGUUGUAGAGCAGCAAGUCAAAGAGUACAAGCCGCCGCAUCCACACGCAAGCAUGAUCCUCGAGUCCGAGCGCGAGGCACAGGCCGCACCCUAG